AUGCAUAUAUUUGUUUCACCAAUAUCUGGAAAUCUUAACAAUGUAGAUUAUGAUAAAAAGUAUUAUCAUAUAGAUAAUGGUAUUCGAUACAUCAUAAUGAACGAUCAGAUUGAUAUGUUUAAAGAAUACAUUAAAGCAAAACCAAUUGAUAAAAUAUAUUUUAAAUUUCCUAUUCUUUCAGAGGAUUUCAAUGAUUUAAUUUCUCCAAUUGAAGAAUGUUGCUAUUUUGGAUCUGUAAACAUUUUUUAUUUCCUCAAAUCAAAUUUCCAGCCAGAAAUUACACAAAAAUGCCUUAGGUAUGCUUUUGUUGGAAAUAAUAUAGAUAUUAUCAAUGAAUGCUUAAAAUACCACAAAAUUGAUAUUAAAUGCUUAGAUUAUAUCAUUGGUUCUCAUAACAAUUCAUUCUUUCAAUAUGUUAUUGACAGAGAACUAUUUAAAAUUGACUCAUUUGAGAAUUUGGAUGAUAACUUUAUCCAAUCACAAAACCUGAAAGCUGCUUUCAUUUUAUUUAAUAAAGAUAAAAAUUCUGUACUUCCAUGGUGUACUGCAUUCCCUCAAUUUAAUGAAUAUCUCAAAAAUGAAAAAUUGGAUUUUUCUAAAAAGAGUAGAAAUGGAAAGACGAUCUUUCAUUAUGCAUCUUCGAUUAAUAAUUCUGAGAUUUUAAAAGUUUUGUCAAAUGCAAAUAUUAAAAAAUUUGAUCUCAAUUCAUGUGAUCAAUUUGGAAAUUCAGCACUACAUAUUACAGCGAAUAAUAAUUGUAAAGAAAUAGCAGAUUUUCUUAUUACACAUGGUGCAAAUCUCAAUCAAAAGAAUUAUCUAAAGCAAUCUCCUCUUUUUAUUGCAAUUGAAAAGAAGAAUCAAGAAAUUGUAAAUUUGCUCAUUGCACAUGGUGCAAACGUGAAUGAAAAAAAUAAACUAAAACAAACCGCCCUUCAUUUUGCAGCAAUGAAUAAUUGGUUAAGCACAUCAGAAAUUUUAAUUUCGAAAGCACAAACUCUUGAUGCAAAAGAUAAUCUUUUAGAGACACCUCUUCAUAUUUGUGCAAGAUUCGAUAGAAAAGAAAUCGCAGAACAACUUCUUUCCCAUGGAGCUAAAUUCAACGAAAAAAACAAAUCUGGAGAAACACCUCUUCACAUUUGUGCGAGAUACAAUAGAAGUGAACUUGCAAAACUACUUAUUUCAAAUGGAGACUGUGUUACAUCUGAAAUCUAUACAACAACUCUUCUCCAUGUUGCAGCAUAUAAUAAUAGUAUAGAAGUAGCCAAGAUUUUCAUUGAAAAUAGUGCCAAUGUCAAUGGAAGAAAUCAAUGUUGGGAUACUCCUCUUCAUAUUGCGGCCAAAAAUAAUCAAAAAGAAUUUGCACAAUUUCUUAUUUCUCUUGGUGCUCAUAUAAACGCGAAAAAUAUUAUAUGGAAAACUCCGCUUCAUUUAUAUGUUGCAUUUAAUAACAAAGUUGAAAUGGCAGCACUUCUACUCUCCAAUGGGGCAAAUGUAAAUGAAAAAGAUGAGAACGGAGAAACAGUUCUUCACUUAUCAGUUAAAUCAAAGAAAAAAGAAAUAUUUGAGUUUCUUCUUUCACAUGGUGCAAAUGUCAAUGCAAAGACAAACACUGGAGAGACACCUCUUCAUCUUUGUGCACAAUUGAUUAGAAAAGAAAUGGCUGAACUUCUAUUAUCUCAUGGGGCUAAUCUAAUAGCAAAAGAUUUUAAUGGAAAUACUCCUCUUAAUUAUGCUAUAGGAAAAAAUCGAGAAGAAAUUGCCAAACUUUUUCUUACCAAUCUAAAUAACACUGCAACAAAUUCAUUGAAGUAA